AUGGAUUUUGAAGAGUUCUGUGCCGCUGCAUUAAGUGUUCAUCAGCUCGAGGCACUUGAUCAUUGCGAACAACAUGCUCGAUGUGAACUUGGAUUUGGUCCCUCAAUCCCGCUUCAUGUGGUUCUCUAUGACUGGAUUAGACACACUGAUGGGAACUUGGAUUUGUUGUAUGGCGUGUCCAGCCAGAUAUUUGUGAAAGCACAAUUUGGAGAUCUGGCAAGAUGGCCAAUUUACAGUCUGCUUUGGCACACAAUGAAUGAGGCUUCCCUUCCAAUUGGUGGAGAGGGGUUUGAGCUUCCCAUACACUGCAGGUGCAAGCUUGGUUACCAGUUUGAAUUCUGUGUUGUUGAUACUCUGAGUGUAAAGCUGUAG